CCAUGGUUCCCGGCUUCCCUCCUCUCCCAGGCCUGUCUAGCUGCAUCCCUCCCGGCCUGGUCUAACAGGCUCUCGGUCAGCCCAGCUUUGAUCUCCCGCUUCCCUUUCUUAGUUUUGGGGUCCCCUCGGUCCCCUUGCCUUCUCUUGCUACUCAUGUCGCCUGCAACUACAACUCCCAGAAUGCUCAGCGGCGGCGGCUGCACGGAGUCCAGUGACGUAACUAAACGGCGACGGACACGCUCUCUGCGCCCGGAAGUGGCGUCAUUGGUUUUCCGGCGCUCCGUUGUGUUUCCGUUGUGUGUUUCGGAGACCGGGGGGAGACAGACUCCAGGCAGCCAGUUACCCGGGGGUACCCGAGCGGCUCCGCGUACCCCGAUAUCAGCAGAUCCCCUCGCUCACCAUGUCCGUGCUCACACCCAACCGCUCCCAGUCCGGCUGGCCCCGCGGGGUCAACCAGUUCGGGAACAAAUACCUGCAGCAGAGCAAGCCGCUCACCGUGGAGAGAACCAUCAACCUGUGAGUGGGGUUAUUGUUAUUACUGGAACAGGGCGCCAACAUAGGCCGCAGCGCUGUACAUAUUAAAGGGACACUAUAGUCACCAGAACAACUACAGCUUAUUGAAUUUGUUCUGGUGAGUAGAAUCAUUACCUUCAGGCUUUUUGCUGUAAACACUGUCUUUUCAGAGAAAAUGCAGUGUUUACAUUACAGCCUAGUGAUAACUUCACUGGCCACUCCUCAGAUGGCUGUUAGAGGUGCUUUCUGGGGCAGUGCUGCACAGUAUGCAUGGAGACGCUAAAUGCUCCCCAUAGAGAUGCAUUGAAUCAAUGCGUCUCUAUGGGGAGAUGCCGAUUGGCACAGAGAGGCACACAUGAGCAAUUGCCUGCCAAUGCUUUCCUAUAAGAAUGCAUUGGAUUGACUGAGAUAAUUAAAAGACCACUAUAGGCGCCCAGACCACUUCAGCUUAAUGAAGUGGUCUGGGUGCCAGGUCCAGCUAGGGUUAACCCUUUUUUCUAUAAACAUAUAUGUUUAUAAUAGGGUUAAUCCAGCCGCUAGAGGCGCUUCCGUGCUUCUCACUGUGAUUUUCACAGUGAGAAGACGCCAGCGUCCAUAGGAAAGCAUUGUGAAUGCUUUCCUAUGGACUGGCUGGCUGUGCGCGGCUCCUGCCGCGCAUGCGUAUUCAGGAGAGGAGGAGGAGAGUCCCCCACCUGGCGCUGGAUAAAGAGAUAAGUUUAACCCCUAACAUCCCAUAGUGUCCGAUGUGAGUGGGGGCACCCUUAGGGCACUAUAGUGCAAGGAAAACGAGUAUGUUUUCCUGGCACUAUAGUGGUCCUUUAAGUUUGAUCUCAGCCAAGAGGGCGAAGCGUCUGUAGGUCCACACGGCACUGGAAGAUGGGCAAGCAAUCUCACCUUACCCGUAGCUGUCAGGGAAGCUGGGGUCUAAAAUGCAUUUUCAUAAGUAAUGUGACAGGAAUACAUGUUUGUAUUGCUGACACUAUAGUGUUCACUUAGGAAUAGCCAGUACAACAUAAACAGAUCAACACAAAAGGUAGAGGGCCCUAUAUCAGCUUACAAUCUAAAGAUAAUACAAUUUUGGGUUAAAAUAUAUAUAUAUAUUGCAUCCUGUAUGGUUGAAUUAAAUGGACACACUUCACCUGAAAAUACACAAAAUACUCUCACUUUUAUUGUACAGCACUCAAUGUAGUAAAUAUUAUAGUUUGCAAAUCUUAAAUUUUUUUUGUAGUAUUUUAUCUCAGGCAGUUCCUCUUCCAGACGUUCCCAUUUGCUUAUGUGGUCAUUUUCAUUCACUAAUUAUGUUGGUUUUCUAUAUCCAAAUCAUGUAUGUGCGUAUGGAGUUGACAUAAUAUACAAAUGUGGACAUUAUUCUUUGGAGUCCUAUAAAAUGCUGUCUAAAAAUGGAAUAUGAUCUACGUGCACAGUUGGUCAGAAAACAUGCAGUUUUACUUUUCAUAAAAAGUGAUUUAUAGGGACACUCUAGGCACCCAGACCACUUCUGCCCAUUGGAGUGGUCCGGGUGCCAACUCACAUCACCCUUAACCCUGCAAGUGUAAUUAUUGCAUUUUUAUCAGACAGCCAAUAGAGGGACUUCCAGGUUCUUAAAACACGAAAAAUGUUUUAAACAACACUGGACGUCCUCACGCUAUGCAUGAGGAACUCCAGCGUCGCCGGAAGCCCAAUAGGAAAGCAUUGUGUAAUGCUUCCCUAUGGGGAGGUCUAAUGCUCGCGCUCCCAUUGCCGCGCAUGCGCAUUAGGUCUCCCUCAUCGACUAAUGACCGAGGGACAUCGGCACUCUUCCAAUAACCAUGUUUGAGGGCAGAAAAGGGGUAACUUUUGUAACGAGGACACAAAGUCAGGGGAAGUAAGAUGCAGACACCCAGGUCCAGGGCAGUGUGGAUUUCUACAUCUAAUUUCAUUUUAUCAACUGCACAAAAACACACUGUGUGUGGGGGAGGUAAUAUUGUAUUAAAAAUCCUGGGAAAGUUCCAAGUGGUGAAGGGAAAUUGUAAGAUGUAAGUUAUUUCAUUGACUAUUUAAUUUUUUCGAUUUAUAAAGCGAUGAUGCUGUUGGUUUCUACAGGCUCUGUAUGUCCUGUCUACACUACCUACACUAUAACAUAAGUGGGUAUGCGAACAUGUAGAUUUAAAGAGGCAUUUUAGAGGAAUACAGCAGUAAGCACAAGACUCGUUUAUACGUAGUCCUUUAAAACGAGCUGCUUGGUCUGUUUUCCUCCCCUCUUUUCUGAUAGUCUUGAGUUACCUGUUCCUAAUUGUUUUAGAUUUCCCACAGAUAUGUCUGUUUGCACCUUGUACUAGUUGUUAAUUUCCAUUGUUUUGUCCGUCUCUUUAAAAAAAUAAAACUCUUUUCUUACAUUUGGGAUAGUUUGCAAUUAUUUCGUUAUCUGUACUUCAAAGGGGGCUGUAAAUACAAGAACAGGGAAAUGUUAAAUUUUUUUCUAAAUACUGACUGGUUUUAUUUCAGAUAUCCUCUGACAAAUUACACGUUUGGUACCAAGGAACCCCUGUAUGAGAAGGACAGUUCAGUUGCUGCGAGGUUCCAGCGUAUGCGAGAAGAGUUUGAUAAGAUGGGAAUGAGGCGCACUGUUGAAGGAGUUCUAAUCGUCCAUGAACACAGAUUACCCCAUGUCCUUUUAUUGCAAUUGGGCACUACCUUCUUUAAACUGUGAGUCCACUGAAAGCCUUCUACUGGGCUUGCCAUCUUGAACUGUUAAUGAAAUGCUAUUUAAAUUAGUUUGUGCUUGGGGGUAAGGGGGACUAGAUGAUGUUUUUAACACUACAGGGUCAGGAAUGAAUGUUUGUGUUUCUGACCCUAUACUGUUCUUUUAGUAAAAUUGUGGCACGUGUAAGGUCAGAGAGUAGAGCACUGUCUUUGAAAUCUUACAGAACUUCAAAAGGAACUGUAAUUUUUCAGAUAGUAACAUAUUUCUUUCACCCCAAUAUGUACUAUUGAAACAUUUACUGCAUUGUGCAGUGGGGUUAUGAAGAAAACAUAUGUGUCUCCUCAGCACAUCUGGGUAUUUGUGCUGCCAUUUUUCUUACAUGUGCACGGCAUUCUUUUUAUGCAUUUAUAGACUUACAGUUCCAUAUGCACUGCAUCAUGCAUCUUACUGUGAUUUGCUACCUGUUGUAUGAUUUAAAUCAGAAAGGGGGAAAAAUGUACAAUCGUAGCCAAAUUUCAGUUGUGAUAGAUAUUGGAUUGUUCAAAUUCAUCCUGCAAUUGACUAUUCACUUUAUAUAGUUGUCCGUAUCAAGAUUCUAUUGCAGAGUUUCCUGGAGUGUUUUCACAUGCUGCACAUGACAAAAAUAACUUGUUACACUGUAUGGAAAUAUGUUUAUAAAUUGUUAAAAUGAUGCAGCACACUCUAGUGGUUAUGAUGUACCGUAACUCCAAGUUUUUGUCAAACCAUUUUCAAUCAGUUUGGCAAACAAUGAGGAAUUCCUCUGCCUCAAAACCAACUGUCCUUGCUGUAGAUGCCACAGAACUAGGGAAUUCACUUCUUUAUUACUCGUCCAAAAUGUGUCUGCAAUGUGCUUGCACCUAGCAAUUACAAGCUUUGAGAACUGUGAUAGAGAAUUCAGCCAAUCGCCUUGCUAUUACUAGACUCUUUCCAUGUGUUUUUUUACGGAGUAAAAUCAGUUUGACAAGCAUAUUAAGGGACUGCACCUAUAUCCUCUACAAUAAGGUGCAUUGAUUAUGGUGCAGGUAGGUAAUGUCUGUCAUUUAAAAAAAAAAAAAAAAAAAAAGCCUGCUCAAAAACGUUUUUGUUCUUCAUUAGAAUGGUGUUAUUUUUUUGUUUAUUAGUUCUUAAAGGGACACUAUAGGCACCAAAAUAUAUUUAGCUCAAUGAAGUAGUUUUUGUGUAUAGACCAGGGCUUGACAAAUUUGUUUGGAAUCUAGGAGUCCGCUAAAAAAGGUUAGGACAGGUUUUUCAACAUCAAAAAUACAAUUCUUAAAGUGACAGAGUAAAGGCAGUGUUUACAUUGCUGCCUAGUAACACCUCUAGUUACGGUCACACAGGCGGCCUCUAGAGGUGCAUCCUCGGUCAGUGCUGCAUCUACAUUCAGCGUUUUCACGCUCUAUGAUUCAUGGCAUCUCUGUGGGGAGGUGGUGAUUGGCACAGAGUGGAGUUUUGCCACACAUGGGAAAGCAUUGGAUUGGUUGAGAACAAGAUUAAUGAUCUCCGCCAUGGAGGCGGGGCCAGCUGCGUGCAUGUGAUCGGAGCGGGGCUGGUCACCUAGGCACUCGCUAACAGACACACACUACCUCACUGAUUUGACACACACUGAACGACACAUUCACUGAUUUGGGGGGGGUCUUGUGUGGUUGGUAGAGAUAAUCUGUGUUGGAGUUGCAGCCAAAAUGCUUCAAAGAGGCUGUCUAUCCGGCGUAGUAAUUCAGACUGUGAGCGCGCCGCCGCCGUUUGGGGUCUGUGGUUUGUGGCUGUAGUUAGUGUCUCUGUAGUACCGCAAGUCUCCCACAUAGAUGAAUGAUGGACCGGGAUAACCCCCACUGAUCCACAGGGAGGGAGGGGGAUAGCGAUAGUCUUGAGACUGCUCUGCAUGGAACAGUAGAUCGGCCACCUCCCCCACCCAGAGUUUCCACUAGGCCUCAUCUGGCUCCUCGAGACAAACAGGUGAUAUCCACCUCGUGGACCCUUUCCAGGGCACUCAGCGUGUGGCAGAUGUCAGGUAAGCCCCAGAGGAUGCUUGGGGACAGCGCCCGUAGAUUGCAGGGUCUAGCAAUUAGUGGGGAGCACUUGCAAGGUGCGUCCAACCGCCAUGAUAGUCAGGCCCGCCCCGGAAUCUGUGUUUUUUUUUAUGCCGCUUCUGACAUAUUUUAGUCUUUUCAUUUGUAUAUAGAGUUAUUAUUUCCCCAGCAUGACACAAAUCAUCAUGUCUUACUGUCUAUAUUACAUUCCUGUGCUAUAAAUCAGUCUGUUUAGAAUUAGCUCAGCAUAAUGCACACAUUUGAUGUUUUGCUCAGGAUCUGUUAAUCCACAGAUUUGUGCUGCUGUAACUUUUUCUCAUGAAUAAGGUAACUUUCCUUUGAGCGUUUGCUUUGUGAAUUGGAAUAAGUAUCAAACUAUUUUGUCUUCUUAUAGGCCUGGUGGUGAGCUAAACCCAGGAGAGGAUGAAGUUGAAGGUUUGAAGCGUUUGAUGACAGAAGUAAGUUGUUGCUUGCAUCCUUUCUUGUAUGGUUAUAUGUGAUCUGUUCGUACCUACACCAAUGAAAUCUUAUAUUCUAUGGAAACUAUAUAGAUAAUACAUAUUGUAGUUACACCUCUGAGAGCAGCAUAAUCACUAUGUGCAGUGUUUCAUACUGAAAAUGCUGCACGUCCAGGGUCCUUGUACCAUGACCACUUCAAAAUCACUGAAAUUAUAUUUGUGUUUGGAGAACCAAUUUGAGCAAAGCUAAAGAGAUUUGAACAGGGAGAAAGUGUGGCUUAGGAUUCAUAGUUGCAUUACAGAAAGCUGCAAAAAUCUUUUUUUUUUUUUUUUUUUAAGCAGAACCAAAGAGAUUUAAAUGUGGAGAAAAUGUGGUAUGAAUAUGAGGCCAAAACCAAAUCAAAUGCAUUUAAGUUGUGUUCGUGCCAAAAGUGUACGCCAAGUGACUUUUAGCAAUACCCAGGCAUCUUAUCUUUCUUCCUCUCUUCACCUCCUACACAUUAUCCUUUCUCUUGUGUUCCUUUACUAGAUCGCUCGAUUGAGCAGGACCUUCUUCAACUCUUGUCUGUUAACAUUUAUCGUUUAUGCAUACAAUAAAAAAAGUUUGUUUUGCUAAAGGUCACAGUGACCAAAAUGUUGCCUAAGUGAUAUGCACCAUUAAAAAGACUGACAAGAUUUGGAGUACUGAGUGCCUGGACCUUUUUUUUUUUUUUUUUUUUUUUAAAUGCAUGAUAUUGUUAAAGAGAUGGGUCCACAACCGGAGUAUGAUAAUUGUCUAUACUUUAUGGUGUGCAGUCACCCUACACUGGAUACUGAUAUAAACAUUAUUUUUUAUCUAUCAGCUACCUGUUGUUAAAUAACCUCACUAUAGGAGUGUAAAGCACUGCGGACAAUGCUGAGGAUUCACAUAUUUAAUAAUCUGAAAUGCUUGCUCCUGCAUGAUGGCAAUACCACCAACAAGCAGCAGGUGGUGCUCAUCUUACAGCCCAUGUGGGCACUGUCAGGCAUAAAACAGAAACUGUUUAUGGCAGGAUAUAGAUCAGUAAAACCCUAACAUUAGUGCAGAUAAAUUACUCUAAGAUCACUGGGUUCCUUGAAAAUGAAAUGUCACUUCAUGCUUGUAAUAUGAUGGGUUUCUAAAAAUGCAUUGGCUCCUACAGAGUUAUAUCUAACCAGGAAGUAGAGCUGACCUGGGCAGUGUUUCCAGUGCUGCUUUUUUGUCUUAAAAUGUGAAAUUUCCUAUAAUGCACAGUUUAGUUUGAAAAUAAGUUCUCUAAUGCAAUUGGUCAGAAAUGACUGGUAGGUAUAGGUAGGUUAUAAAUUGACUUUUUGAGAGCGAUCUAUGGAUGGACCUGGUGGGGGGAAUAAAAGCUGCUAUUUGAAUACGUGAUCUGUUUGUGGAAGAGCUGACUUGUAAAACAAAACUUGCAUUGUGCGGAAUCCAAAUAUUUUUUUAAAUAUUGAACAAAUCAGACAUGCACUUUGUGGCAUGAUGAAAACGUGGGCAGGAUGCUGAUGUGACCACGAUUAGUGCCACAAUAUGACUGAUAUUAAGAAAGACUAACUGAUGUUUUUGUUCUGCAGAUACUUGGGCGCCAAGAUGGGGUGCAACAAGAGUGGGUUAUUGAUGACUGCAUUGGUAACUGGUGGAGGCCAAACUUUGAACCACCACAGGUUUGUAGCUAGAGACCAUAUACUCCUAAAGCAAACUACACAGACAUGUCUGUUUAAUGCCCCCAUGUGCUAUUAAGAUGCGCUGAGUUGUUGUAAACAGUCAGCCUUGUUUUUGUUUUGUUUUUUUAGCGAGCAGCAGAUGAUUUGAUGUUAUUACUUAUGAUCUAAAUAUCCCAGAUCACAACUCAUGCCAUAACUUACAACAUGUCAACAUUCUAAGAGUUAAUCACCAGCAGAUAUGUGUCUGAUUGGCAAAUUACACAAUAUAAUAAAUAUAAAAUGCAGGAUAUAGAAUAAAUUCCAGAAAGCUGUGCUGGCAGCAAACCCGUGGAGACUUGACUUGUGUUAUUGCUUCUAAUGCAAAUUGGGAGUGUGUAGUUAUAUUUUAGCAGCUCUUCAUUUUCUUUAGUUUUUGAGGCAAUUUUAAAAUAUUUUUAUUUUAUUUCUAAACUAUUUCUGCAGUUUUUUUUGUUUUGUUUUUAUUUCUUUAUUUAAAUUAUUGAUGCAUGACCAGACUAAUAGACAAUGAAGGCAAGAGUUAAUGGCAAUAAGAAAUGUAUAUACAUGUUGUACACCAGUGGCCGUUUUCAUUAAUGACCAAGAUAUUCUAAAGUUAACGAGAAAAACAAAUUAAGUUAAAACAACAAAAAUUGAUGGAAUAAAAAAUACAAAGAGGGAUCAGAGGUGUAUAAUUAAGUACUGUUCUGUCCAACCUCGACUGUAAUGAAAGGUUUUAUAGAAACUUAAUAAUGAAGAACUGUAUUUUUCCUAAUUUUAAGUGCAGCAGAAGAUGGGAUGGUCUGAUAACAAAACAAAAUAAGUCUCUGAGCACCCUAAACACUACAGUUCUUUGUAGUGGCUAUGGUGCAAUGAGUGCUUUAUUGGCUAUGUAAUAGAAACAUAGAAUAUGAUGGCAGAUAAGAACCAUUUGGCCCAAUUAGUCUGCUCAAUUUUCUAAAUGCAUUCAAAAGUCCUUGGCCUUAUCGUAUAGCUAGGACAGCCAUAUGCCUAUCCCACGCAUGCUUAAAUUCCUUCAAUGUGUUAACCUCUACCACUUUAGCUUGAAGGCUAUUUCAUGCAUCCACUAGCCUGCUAGUAAAGUAAUACUUCCUGAUAUUAUUUUUAAACCUUUGCCCCUCGAAUUUAAGACUAUGUCCUCUUGUUGUGGUAGUUUUUCUUCUUUUAAAUAUAGUCUCCUCCUUUACUGUGUUGAUUCUCUUUAUGUAUUUAAAUGUUUCUAUCAUAUCCCCCCUGUCUCGUCUUUCCUCCAAGCUAUACAUGUUAAGAUCCUUUAACCUUUCCUGGUAAGUUUUAUCCCGCAAUCCAUGAACCAGUUUAGUAGCCCUUCUCUGAACCCUCUCUAAGGUAUCAAUAUCCUUCUGAAGAUACGGUCUCCAGUACUGUGUACAAUACUCCAAGUGAGGUCUCACCAGUGUUCUGUACAAUGGCAUGAGCACUUCCCUCUUUCUACUGCUAAUACGUCUCCCUAUACAACCAAGCAUUCUGCUAGCAUUUCCUGCUGCUCUAUUCCAUUGUCUGUCUACCUUUUAAGUCAUCUGAAAUUAUUACCCCUAAAUCCCUUUCCUCAGAUGUUGAAGUUAGGAUUCUAUCAAAUAUUCUGUACUCUGCCCUUGGGUUUUUACGUCCAAGAUGCAUUAUCUUGCACUUAUCCAGAUUAAAUGAGACCAUUUUUCUAGUAAUAAUGUCUUUCUUUCUGAUUAAAUGCCACAUACAAAUUGUCUGCUCUCUUUUCAGUAUCCAUACAUUCCUGCUCACAUUACAAAACCCAAAGAACACAAGAAGCUGUUCUUGGUGCAGUUACAGGAAAAAGGUAAGGUGAUCCUGACUACAGACAAAGCCAAGAGUAUAAAAGCAUUGAAAUAAUCAACUCCGUUAAUGUCCAAAGACCGUUGUACAGAUAACAGUAAUAAUCGGUUUUCUUCCUUAAGCAGUUCCAGGCCUAGUUUGUGUUGGUUGUCUGUAAUGUGCUUAUUUCUGACACAGAACUCUAUUGUAUGGUUAUUAAAUCCAGUCUCUCUAAUCCUUUUUUUUUUCACAUUCUUAAUUCUCUAGCACUAUUUGCAGUGCCGAAAAAUUACAAACUUGUUGCAGCGCCCCUGUUUGAACUCUACGACAAUGCCCCUGGCUAUGGCCCUAUUAUUUCCAGUCUCCCACAGCUUCUAAGCAGGUAAGGACUUAUUAAUGUAUUGCUACAAUUAUCAUUUUUGUUUUUUUUAAAUGUAUGUUAACUGUUUUUAUGGAUAAGUAAAUAGUUUAUAUUUCUAAGAGAAAUUUUCCAUAGCUCUUGCUUAAUAUUUUGAAAGGCCUCACUGCAUGUGGAAUGGUUUCACUGCUGAACCCACCAUCCCAGGAAUAUGACACAUUGGGGUUUAUUCUCUAAUCACAGGACUGCAAAAUGUAGACAACAAUAUCUUAUUUUACUGUAGACACAUCUGCUUAAGCAAACUCCUGCUAAGACUGAGACAUUACUGCAAAUCCAAUUGUUUGCUAUGCUUGCAUAAUGGAACAUUGGGGUAGAUUAUGCUCAUGUAAGCGAUUUUAUUUAGUGUUCUAUAUUUAUUCAAUAAUACACAGUUUGUCCUUAGAUUUUAAAAUAUGAGAAUUUACACACAGGACAUUGACACAUACACACAGGACACUGAAUUACACUUACACCAAGAUGACACUAACAUAUACGUUUACACAUACAUGACCCUGUCACACACUUACACACAGAGGAGACACACACUCACUGAUUUGACACAUACUGACACACACAUUCUCUCUCUCUCACACACUCACAAAUUUAUUGUUUUUUUUAGUUUUAUUAUUACGUUCACCCAGCCUCUCUACCUCUGGGAGAGCUGAAGUAAAUCUUAUCCUGGGGUCCACUAGGGGGCUUAUGUAAUCUCCAUGCUCUUCCAGCAUUGCUCUUUCGCGCACUGUUUAGUGAUGCCGGGGCUGGAGUGACCUCAUAACCCAGCAUCACUACAGGGCACCCAAGGGAGCAGUGCUGGAAGAUCGUGAAGAGUACAGCUCUAAGGUGGCCAGUCAGACACCUUUUGGCAUUACCCUCUCCACUUAUGAACCUAUCCCCUGGUAUACGGAUUACUAAGAAACACAAGAUAUAUAUAUAUAUAUAUAUAUAUAUAUAUAUAUAUAUAUAUAUAUAUAUAUAUAUAUAUAUAUAUAUAUAUAUAUAUAUAUAUAUAUAUAUUCAGCAGUGUUUAUACUGACCAAAUCUGGUAGAAAGUAAAUGAAAAAAUAAGUCACCGGCUUUUUGCCAUCAAACCUACACAUCCACAAUAUUUUCCUUCUGGCAGUACAAACGGCCAGCGUACAAAGAGUUACAAUAAUGUAAAAAUACUAUUUUGUUUAAUACAUAUUAUUUAUAAAAUAUUCUCAUAAUAUGAAUUUUGUAACCUAAAGGUUUGUUUUAAUUAUUGGGGUGUGAUGUAUCCCUCUGUAGCGUUAACCCCUUUCUCCCUAGGAGCUAGUCGUCUAAUUGGUGCUAAUGACAGAUUUUUGCAGUGUCUUAGAAUCUGCCACUAUAUGCUUGCAAAUUCAGUUGAGCUGAUUAUGCAGGUAUAUGGCAUUCAUUUCCGUUGAAUCUGAACAUUCACUUGUGUAUUUUCAUACGAAAUGCGGAUUUCAGCUGUUCCGUUAAUUCAGAAAAAAAAUGGAACCCAAACAAGCUGCCUGUUUCAAAGAGAAUCCAUUCUAUAUUAUCCUCACAAUUUCAUUAUGGGAUAAAAGUGAUUUGGAACGUUCUAAAGGAAUAUAGUGUAUGGUUAGUAAAGAGAUAAUACUUUGCAUUAGGAUUAUAUGAGAUGAGUUUGUAGAGAAGAAUGUCAAUUUGUUUUAACAGAACUGUGUGUAACAAUCUCCUGUUUCCUGCAGGUUCAACUUUAUUUACAACUGAAAAGUCAGCAGUAUCCAGGGCAAGACAGUGCGUGAAUGAAGCGGUCUCUGUGAGCACAGCUUUAAUGUGGGAAAUCGGAAGUUGGAGAGAGAUUUUUUUUUUUCCCUUUUUUUUUUUUUUUAAUUUUUCCUGAUCUGUUUAACUUGUUGCUCUCAGAAUAGAAGGACUGUGCAGCAAUCCACAGCAGCAAGGUGUUCUAUAGUGUUUUAAUUUUUUUUUAUUGUGUUUCAUUAUUAAGUGUAAUUCAAUUUUCUUACAGAAUUAAAAAAUGGAUACUUUCCAGAAUGCUUGUCUGUUUAUUGGUUCUCAUUGAAUUUAAUGGAUCACCAUGAUUUGGGAUGGCAGCUGCUCAAUGAUAGAUCAUAACUUAUUUGUUCUUAAAUGACCUCUUCUGUGCUGUUUGUAUUUUAUUUUAAAUGAAAGGUGUUAUUUAAACUUCAAAACGUUAAAAACAUUGUUAUAAUAAAAUUUCAAUGAAACUAAUUUUAAAACUUGCAAAUAUAUUCUCUUUAAAUCUCGAUUUAAAAAAGCAUACAUCAAAGAUGUAGUGAAAUUAAUCAAGAACAGCUUAAAGGGGGAACAGUCACUUUUCUGUAAAUUUCACCAUUGAAUAAAACAUUGAAAAUAA